CUAAAACUUGAAAUCCCUAUUUUUUGGCCUUCAAUUCCUUUCCCUCUUCCUCACCCCGCCCUUUCCAUCUCUACUGCGCCUGCCACUCCUCACUCAGAGUCGGAGACAAAGUAAAACCCCCUGGAUAACCCUUUUAUUCACAGUGACCACAAACAGUAAAAAUAAUUGAACUGCUGUUUAAGAAAUAUUACCGAAACGGCUUCUUCUUGUAGUUUCAUUAGCAGCACUAGCAAUAAGCUAGGAAGAGUUGCAGAAACCAUGGCUAAAAUCGGUUUCUCUACUCAGACAAACCCCUUUAGGCCUUCCUCUUUUUCUCCCCCAUAUUUCUGGUUCUGUCGUUCUUGUACUAAAGCCUACUCUCCAUCUCGUACUGGUUGGGCUAGUUCUACAAAAACCCUCCGCAGGCUCGAAGAUUUCAAACUUGAAAGUGCAAGUGGUUCCUUAUCUACUGGAACUCUUAAUGUUGAUUCCCAUCAGUUAAAACGAAGAUCAAAUUACAGUACUAUGCAACAUGAUGAAAGUCAAAUUCACUAUCAACGAAAAUAUGCUUACCCAGCUCCCCACUCGAAGAUGCCUUAUGUGCAUAGAGAGGGCAAAAGUAGAGAGGAAGUAAAUGGAGAAGUUUGUGGCAGCAUCGUGACUCUUGGGCAUACUGCUGCAGCUUGGGGUAAAGCAGCUGAAGAAUGUAAAAAGAACAAGGCAUUAUUUGCGCAUAAAGAAAACAUUGCUGUGAAUCUUAGAACCCUUCCCGAAGAAGAUACUGCAAAAGGAGCUAAGUUGGGAGUCAUAGAACAUUCAUCUGAGUGUAUCAAAAGAUAUAAAGGAGAUGGAAGCAGAACAAUCAGUAAAGAAAUGGAAUACAGUGUCAAUGUAGGACAAGACAGGCCAGAUGUUUACCAUGGUCCUUCGUUUGUCGAUGGUGUUAGAAGUGACAAAGUAUACGUGAAUAAUGGUGAUGGUUCAAUGUCAUUGCAAAAUCAAUCAUUGUUGGAAGGUGCUCUGCCUAAUAGGUUAUUUUUGGAGGAUAGUGUGGAAAAUGGGAAGGAUGAAGUUUCCAAAAUUGGCAACGAACUCGUGAUCGAUGAAAUAAAAAAUGGUGCAGCUGAUCGUAAAUGUAUUGUCGCUGACAGAACUCAGAUUGAGACAAUUACUCAUGAAUCCAAGAAUAUUUUUGAGAGGCUUCGUACCGUAUAUGACAAGGUUCUGGUAGUUGAUAGCAUUUCUGCAGCUAGGGAAGUGGUUGGUUUGCUCACAAAUCAAUACAGGCACCUUGUUCACGCAUGUGAUACUGAGGUAGCCAAGAUUGAUGUUAAGGAGGAGACACCUGUGGACCAUGGAGAAAUUAUAUGUUUUAGUAUAUAUUCUGGUCCAGAUGUCGAUUUUGGCAAUGGAAAAUCAUGUGUCUGGGUGGAUGUUCUUGAUGGUGGUGGCAAGAAUCUCAUAGCCGAGUUUGCUCGAUUUUUUGAGGACUCAUCCAUUAAAAAGGUGUGGCACAAUUACAGCUUUGAUGAUCACAUAGUAGAGAAUUAUGGGCUCAAAGUUUCUGGUUUUUUUGCUGAUACAAUGCACAUGGCUCGGCUGUGGAAUUCAUCUAGGCGAACUGAGGGUGGGUAUUCUUUAGAAGCACUUACAGGUGAUCCCUCUGUCAUUCCUAAUGCUAAACCGCGCCCUGGUGAAGAGAUGAUUGGUAAAGUAUCAAUGAAAACCAUCUUUGGCAGGAAAAAAUUGAAAAAAGAUGGAUCUGAGGGAAAAAUAAUGGUCAUCCCACCAGUUGAAGAGCUGCAAAGAGUUGAGCGAAGACUAUGGAUUUGUUAUUCUGCUUUGGAUUCAAUAAGCACGCUGAAGCUAUAUGAUAGUUUGCGGAAUAAACUGUCUAAAAUGCCUUGGAAUCUUGAUGGAGUUGUGAAAGGAACAAUGUUCAACUUCUAUGAGAAAUAUUGGCGUCCAUUUGGCGAGCUUCUAGUAAAAAUGGAAACCGAGGGAAUGCUGGUUGAUCGUGCCUAUCUUGCUGAGGUUGAAAAGGUGGCUAAAGCAGAACAGCAGGUUGCCGCUGAUAGAUUUCGCAAAUGGGCAUCCAAACACUGCCCGGAUGCGCAGUACAUGAAUGUGGGUAGUGAUGCACAGCUGCGCCAAUUCUUUUUUGGUGGUGUUCAGAACAGAAGAAAUGCGAAUGAGUUUCUUCCACUAGAGAAGGAUUUCAAAAUUCCGAACACGGACAAGAUAAUUGAAGAAGGCAAGAAGGCUCCAACAAAAUAUCGCAAAAUUACACUGCAUAAGCCCCUUGAUGUUAAUAUAGAGGCUGAUGUGUAUACUGCAAGUGGUUGGCCUUCUGUUAGUGGCGGUGUUUUAAAGAAUCUUGCUGGGAAGGUUUCUGUUGAUUUUAACUUCAUUGAUGAAGAGAGCGUUGAAGAAGUUCCUAAUGCAGGAGGUGGUGAAGCUUGGAAGGACCCAGAUAAGUCCGAUUAUGGAGCAGCUUACACUGCAUUUGGUGGUGGGCAGUCAGGAGUUGAGGCUUGCCAUGCCAUUGCUGCUUUAUGUGAAGUUUGUUCAAUAGACUCUUUGAUAUCCAACUUUAUUCUUCCCUUGCAGGGUAAUCAUAUAUCAGGCAAGGAUGGGCGAAUCCAUUGUUCACUGAACAUUAACACCGAAACUGGUCGUUUAUCUGCCAGAAGACCGAAUUUGCAGGUCUGUCAAAUAAGCUAUUUGAGAAAAUCUCCGUCAGUUUUGUUAUUGGUGUGUAAAAUGCCUUCCUUGCUGUAUCUGGCAUGUUUCUGUUCCUCUAAUCAGUUGGAACUUAGGAUUCUUGCACAUCUUGCCAACUGUAAGAGCAUGUUGGAUGCUUUCAAAGCAGGGGGAGACUUCCAUUCAAGGACUGCGAUGAACAUGUAUCCCCACAUUCGUGAAGCUGUUGAACAGGAGCAUGUGCUUCUUGAGUGGCAUCCUGAACCUGGUGAAGAUAAGCCUCCAGCUCCUUUACUAAAGGAUGCUUUUGCUUCUGAAAGACGAAAGGCCAAGAUGCUUAACUUUUCCAUUGCAUAUGGGAAAACUACAGUGGGGCUUGCCCGUGAUUGGAAGGUUUCUAUCAAGGAAGCCAAGGAAACAGUUGAUCGCUGGUAUAGUGAUCGGCAAGAAGUAUUGUCUUGGCAGGAGAAACGCAAAAAAGAAGCAGUCGUAGAUGGGUGUGUUCACACAUUGUUAGGUCGUGCUCGCACGUUCCCAUCUUUGAGAAAUGCAACUCCAUGGCACAAGAGUCAUAUUGAACGGGCUGCCAUAAAUACCCCAGUGCAGGGAAGUGCUGCUGAUGUUGCAAUGUGUGCUAUGUUAGAAAUAUCGAAGAAUGCACAACUGAAGGAACUUGGAUGGAGGCUUCUUUUACAGGUUCACGAUGAAGUGAUACUGGAAGGGCCCACAGAGUCUGCUGAGGUUGCCAAGGCCAUUGUGGUUGACUGCAUGUCGAAACCUUUUGAUGGAAAGAAUAUCCUUAACGUCGAUUUAUCUGUUGAUGCCAAAUGUGCGAAGAACUGGUAUUCAGCCAAGUAGACAACAAUUUUCAGUUCUUUCUUACCUGCAAACGAGUGAAAUUUUGUCAAUCCUCUCUACCCGCCUUGCAAACUUCUUACAUUCUCGUCGUCCGAAGAUGGCACAAAUGUAGUAAGGGGAGGGAAGAUGGAUACGGGGCAAUUCAGCAUUUUGUAAUUCAGUUUGGGCAUUUAUAAAUCAGUUUUUUGAGCUGUAUAUACAACAAUCUUGUCACUUGCAGGGACUUGUUUGUAUGAUCGACAUCGCUCGUGUUAAUGAAAUUGGUUUGAUGAGGAAAAUAAGGAACAGCCCUCUCCUUAUGGUCUUUCUUAUCGCAACUUUAUGAACUGAUA